AAAAGUCUCUAACAACACAGAGGCCAGGCUUAGUGAUGCUGCCAGGGGAAGGACAGCAACCAUUAGGAGCAGAGAAAUAAAUAUUCAGUCUCAGCUGCCUUCCUGUGAGCAUCACAAGCUGCAGCACAAAAGAGAUAAUGGCAGAUCCUUCAGUGGUGGAUCACCUGGCACGACUGAAACUCAAACUCCUAGAAAAGAGACUGCAAAAAGCACAGGAGAACCUGGAGAAGGUGGAAUUGUCUCUCCCAGCUGCGCGGAACAGAGCUCAGGACCUGCUCCAAAGUGCCCUGAGGCAAAGGGAAGAUCUGCUGCAGGAGCUUAGGGAGCAGCACCUUCUGGAAGAGCUUGCACAGCCAGCUGCACCAGAUGGGGGACACUGCCAUGAGCACAGAGCUGCCCUCCCACAAAUCUACCAGAUCCCUUUUCCAGCUUCCCCAGCGGAGCCCCCAAGGAUUAUCCAGCAGGCAGUGCCAGCUCAGCCUGCCACCAUCAUCCAGCAGCUGCCUCAGCCCUCCCCUGUGCUCACACAGAUCCCCCCAGCCCAGCCCUUGGCAGCCCCCCGCUCUGGGGGCAUCAAGGAAGACAUGGUGGAGAUGAUGCUGAUGCAGAACGCUCAGAUGCACCAGAUCAUGAUGCAGAACUUGAUGCUGAAGGCUCUGCCACCAGCACUGCUCACACAGCCUGGGGGAGCUGGCUCUGCCCCCCUGCAGCACAGGCAGCAGGACCUGCAGCUGGCUGUGAAGGCAGAGAGGCCCAAGGCAGCUGUGGUGCACCACCACCACCACUACCCUCCCACGGGGGUGCUCCCAGUGCCCCCCAGCAGCCUCCUGCCCCCGUGCCCAGAGCAGCCCUGGAGCAGCAGCCCUGCCCAGCCUCUGUGAGUGAGCAGGCAGCCAGGACAGGCACCUGCAGCCCUUCCUGCCUGCCCAGGUGGCCCACAAACUGACAGUACAGGAUCCUCUGCAAAUGGACCAGAGCCUUUCUAAAAGCAAUAAAAUCCUGCUGUUCUUCCUCAGCCAUUGGCAUGGCUUUUUCUUCAGCAACAUAAAUCGAGCUCUUUUCCCUCCUUUACCUUCCCCCAGAGGGCAGGCUUUAAUCCAUGCCCAUGUUAUCCUCUUCUUUUUAGUUUUAUUUAUGACUUCUUUAAUCCAUGCCCACGUUAUCCUCUUCUUUUUUAGUUUUAUUUAUGACUUCUUAAAAGGCUCACUCAGAGUUUUUAUCAGGCAACCCUUUUUCCUGCUCUCAGCAGCCUGGUUUUCCUUAUGUAGAAAGAUGAGCAAUGAUUUUAUAGCACUUUCUCAAUUUAUUCCCACCUUCUGUUUUUAGAGUGGAGAACAUCUGUACCCUGGGUUUGCCUGCUGCAGUUUGUCAGUGAGUCUGAUUAAGGAAACCCAGGGACCCAAAUUUUGUUUGGAAAGAAGAAAAGACAGUAACUGUCACUGCUGGAAGCUGUCUGUGCUCCAAAAACAAUUAAUGAAUAAUUUAUUUACCAUGUAAAACCUACCUUGCUCUUUGCCCUCUCUGCUCUGCUGUCUUUGAGAUUCUCACUGCUCUCUACAACUUCUCACUCUCUACAACUCCCUGAAAGAGGAAAUUUCCUCAGGUUGUGAGUUUGGACUGAAUAUUAGGAAGAAAGUCCUGGCUGAAAACAUUGUCAGGCACUGGAAGAGGCUGCCCAGGGGAGCACUGAGUGCUGCCCCAUCCCGUGGCUGUUUGACAGCCUCAUGGAUGGGGCAUUCAGGGUCACAGCUUAGGGCUGGGUUAACAGCUGGGGCUUGUUCUCAGAGGGCUUUUUCUACCUUAAUGAUGCUCUGACCAGAUCUGCUGGGGCCUGGUAGUUUAGCAAUAAAUUGUACUUGGUGAUACAAA